AGCUACGUCGAACGCGGCUGCGAGCAACAGCAAGUGUAGGAUGACUUGGUGAGGAGUAAGUUGAGGAGAUGACAAAAUAAACAGGUGGUGAAAGUAGCCACCUCACUCCCACCUCCCUGUUUCGAGCUACAGCGAUAAGCCUUAUCUGUUCCCGCGACUCCCUCCUACACUUGGAACAACCAAAACAACAGGGCUUCUGCAUCGAUCUCCAGCAAACGUCUUCCAGCUGUCAGGCUGCAUUCUCAGCACCCCACGACCUCUGAAUCUUGCAUCCACGCAGCACGUAAAAUGUCGAGCUCUCAGGAGAUUAUAAUCCCGCGGCCAGGCGACACAAACACGAAACCUCAGGCGCCGAUCCCAGGAUCCACAGAGGAAGAGUUUACAUCAACAUUCGGCUCUCUACUCCCUCCCGCUCAGUACCUGGAGGCUGCGAAUGGAAAAGUGGCAUAUUAUACCUAUUCCCCCGCUCAACCCUCAUCUCCAACCUCCCGCAUCCUCUUCCUCCACGGCGUCCAAACCCCCUCUCUCGGUCUCCAACCCCUAGCAGAAUCCCUCCACUCCAUCUUCCCAACUACAGAAUUUGUCCUCCUCGAUCUGUACGGCCAUGGUCUAUCCUCUACUCCUUUGAUCCCCCACACACCAUCACUUUUCCACGGUUUAAUCGACGACCUUUUGACACAUUUAUCCUGGCCCCACUGUCAUGUCCUAGGCUACUCCUUUGGCGCCGCAACAGCAAUUUCUUAUAUAUCAUCCUCUCCCACCCGCUGUGCAAAAGUGAAAAGUUUGACAUUAAUCGCACCAGCCGGUCUUUGGAAACCUCAGCCCUUUUUCCCCCAGAAAUUCGAGAGUGGGGAUUACGCAGAAUCUCGCGAUUAUAUUCUAAAUCUACUUGAAGGUGGUGCUCUCAUCGUCCCCUCUGACUGGAGUACCCGAGUACAAAAGGGGGAAAUCGUCGCCGAAAAGAUCAGAGAAUGGCAAAUGCAUCACCAUCCAGGUCACACGGCUUCUGUAAUCGCUAUUGUGAGGGAUGGAGGUGUCAUGGGACAAGAAGAUGCUUUUAUCUUCGCUGUAAACAGCAAAGUUCCUAUAUCAGCGGUAUUGGGAGAAAGCGAUGAUGUAGUGUUGGAAGCUGAUUUGAGGGCUGUUGGGGUGGGGAACGUGGUUAUUGUAAAGGGGGCAGGACAUGCUGUUGUGAGGGAAAAUGUUGGGGAGGUUUGUGCUGCGGUGAGGGGUUUUUGGGGGGAUUUGGGGGUGUAAGAAGAAGGGGGAGGGGUGCUGUGUGGAUGGGCCAAUCAGGAGUCAUGUCCACAAAAGGUCUUGUACCUGUCUAUUCACUGCAUACAACAAAAGCGCUCCUUAGUAUAACUCACUUGUGUAUACACCUUUAGCAGCAAACAACUUUAUCAAUAUGACAGAAUAAACCAAAAAGAAGUGCGAAUUUAUACAUAAGCUACGAUAAUCCUUCCCGCCCAACAUUCGCUAUGCAAGAAAAAGGAAAAAGAAGCCACAGAGUCUAGAGCAAGAAAGCAGCAGCACCAAACAAUGCAGCAAGACCGCCCUGUACACCAGCUCUACCAGCAGCACCAGUAUA